UGCAGCAAGUAAGGUGGAAUUCUCUAGGCAGUGGAUUCCAAAGAACAAACCAGAGCACUAUGAAGUAGUAGUCCCUUAUUUGCUGACUGGAGAAAAAUGGAAACCAAUAAAGAAUAUUUAUUCACAGACUCAUCCAGCAAUGCUGAAAUUUCUCAUACAAGCUGAAAGUGAGCAACUUGUCAUCAGCCUGGAGAGAAAUGAUGGACUUUUUGCUGGCAACUUCAUGGAAACACACUAUUUGGAAGAUGGUACUAGUGGUGUUCUUGAGCAUAAAAACACGAGCCAUUGCUUCUACCAUGGUCAUGUGCAAGAUUAUGCUGGGUCUGCAGUAAGUCUGAGUACAUGUUCUGGACUCAGGGGAUUUAUUUUAUUUGAAGAUAAAGCUUAUAUUUUGGAGCCACUGGAUGGUGCUACAAAUGAACAUAUACUCUACCAAGCAAAAAAUCUGAAACUAGCUCCCGGUUCUUGUGGCCAUCAUCUCAACCUUUCAGGUGUCACAGCAAGGAAUACUGCACAGCCAACCCAUAUGUUUACUCACAGACACAAGAGGGAAUCCCGGAAAUCCACCAAGUAUGUGGAGCUCAUUAUUGUGGCUGAUAAUCGAGAGUUUCAGAGACAAGGAAAGGAUGUGGAGAAAGUGAAGCUGAGGCUGAUAGAAAUUGCAAACUAUGUUGAUAAGUUCUAUAGGCCACUAAAUAUUCGGAUAGCCUUGGUUGGAGUGGAAAUCUGGAAUGAUAUGGACAAGUGUACAAUAACACAAGACCCCUUCACCAGCCUCCAUGAGUUUCUGGACUGGCGGAAGUUGAAGCUACUACCUCGUAAACCCCAUGACAAUGCACAACUAGUGAGUGGAGCCUAUUUCCAAGGUACUACCAUUGGCAUGGCACCUAUAAUGAGUAUGUGCACUGCAGAGCAGUCUGGAGGUAUUGUUAUGGAUCACUCAGACAGCCCUUUGGGAGCAGCAGUAACUCUGGCUCAUGAACUGGGCCAUAAUUUUGGGAUGAACCAUGAUACACUGGAAAGGGGCUGCAACUGUAAAGCAUCUACUGACAGAGGCUGCAUCAUGAAUCCUUCAACUGGCUAUCCAUUUCCCAUGAUGUUCAGCAGUUGCAGCAAGAAAGACUUGGAAUACAGCUUGGAAAAAGGAGUGGGGAUGUGUCUAUUCAACCUCCCAGAAGUAAAGGAAUCAUUUGGUGGGCCAAAGUGUGGGAAUGGCUAUGUAGAAGAAGGAGAGGAGUGUGAUUGCGGUGAACCUGAGGAAUGUACAAACCAAUGCUGUAAUGCAACUACCUGCACUUUAGGACCAGGAGCAGUAUGUGCCCAUGGACUUUGCUGUGAGGACUGCCAGCUGAAGCCAGCAGGGAUCUUAUGCAGGCACUCCAGUAAUUCUUGUGACCUUCCUGAAUUCUGCACUGGAGGCAGCCCUCACUGCCCAGCCAAUGUGUAUUUACAUGACGGGCACUCGUGCUACAGCGUAGAUGGAUACUGCUAUAAUGGCAUGUGCCAGACCCAUGAGCAGCAAUGCAUCACACUCUGGGGGCAAGGUGCUAAGCCUGCUCCUGGGAUAUGCUUUGAGAGAGUCAAUUCUGCAGGGGAUCCUUAUGGAAACUGUGGCAAGGAUUCCAAGAGCUCUUUUGCCAAAUGUGAACCCAGAGAUGCUAAGUGUGGAAAGAUUCAGUGUCAAGGGGGAGCAAAUCGACCUGUAAUUGGUACCAAUGCUGUCUCUAUAGAAACAAACAUCCCACUGCAAGAAGGAGGCAAAAUUCUAUGCCGUGGAACCCAUGUUUAUUUGGGGGAUGACAUGCCUGAUCCUGGUCUUGUCCUGGCAGGAACAAAAUGUGAAGAUGGAAAAAUCUGCCUCAACCGCCGCUGCCAAAAUACCAGUGUAUUUGGUGUUCAUGAGUGUGCAACAAAAUGUCAUGGACGUGGAGUCUGCAACAAUAAAAAAAAUUGCCACUGUGAGGCCCACUGGGCUCCUCCUUUUUGUGACAAAGCAGGAUUUGGUGGUAGUGUAGACAGUGGACCAGUUAGACAAUCUGAUAACAGAAGUUUAAUAAUAGGGCUACUCAUAACCACCCUGUGCCUUCUAGUUGCUGGUUUACUUAUGUACAUCAAAAGAAAGAUCUUGAUUAGACUAUUUUUUAUAAAUAAGAAGACUACAAUAGAGAAACUAAGGUCUGUGAGUCCAGCAAGGGCUUCCAGUUCAUUUGAACCUAAUCAUGUUCCUACUGCAACGCUCACUAAAAAUCAAGUCAAAAAGUCACAAAUUUUGAACAUGGAAAAGAGAAAUGGUUCGCAAAGAUUGCUGCAAUAUCAGACAGGUGACAUUGGUAAGCCUGUGAAGACCCAGGACAUCCCACGGUUGAGCCCACCAGAGCAUGUUUUGUCAUCCCACUUUGCGCUACCUUCUCCACACUCUGUUCCCAGAAAGUUGCUGCCUACCAACCCUUCCUCCAGAAAGGAUCAGGAAUCUUGCAAACCAAGUCCUCCUCAAAAGCCUUUGCCAGCAGAUCCUCAGAAAAGCAAAGCUGCUCAAUUUAAUAAAGCCACCGGAUCAAAAGCUGUACUUCCAAAAUCUGUGCCUCAGAUUGCUCCUGCCAGGCCUGUACCUAAACUUCCACUUCAUGUGCCUCGAUCCUGCAAUGGUGCUUCUAUGAAAUGAACAAAUAGAUCACCUCCUGAAAAGUGAAGACAGAAGUUUGCACUAUUUUCAACUCUUGUUAAAGAUCAAUAUUUUUAUAUCAAUAAGUAAAAUUUUUGACAUGUAAACCCCUGUUAUUUCUAAGAACUCUGAGCUGCUGCCUUUGGUGCUAUGCUGUGUGAAGGUGGUCUGCGUCCUUGCUCAGGCAGUCAGAGCUGAAUAAUGUGAUGCUGUCAUAAAAAAGCACAAAUUAUAAGAUAAAGGUUUAUCUUCCUUUAGAGAAUACUGAGGAAUAGCAAAUGAAAAAGAAGUC